UUGAAGAAAAUCAGAAAAUGGUGGCGUGGGAAAAGAGCAUGCGCAAAGCGAAACAAUUUACUAUUUCUCAGACAUAGCCAGUGAGACGUCAACAACUGAGUGGUGUUUCUGUAAUCGUGGUGGAUUGUUAAAUGAGUUACAACUGUAUCAGCGGUCAUUUUCAAGUUCAUCCAUUGCUUUUGUAUUAAAUCAAGGAAGAUGUUUGGUUUCCACAAGCCGAAGAUGUACCGGAGUUUAGACGGCUGCUGCAUCUGCCGUGCCAAAUCCUCCAGCUCUCGCUUCACCGACAGCAAGCGCUACGAGAAGGACUUCCAGAGCUGCUUCGGGCUGUGUGAAGCUCGCUCGGGAGACAUCUGCAACGCCUGCGUCCUGCUGGUGAAACGAUGGAAAAAGCUGCCGGCGGGGUCGAAGAAGAACUGGAAUCAUGUGGUUGACGCCAGAGGCGGGUCGAGCUUGAAGUCGUCGGUGAGGCCGAAGAAGAUGAAGUCGCUGUCCCGGAGAGUGAGGCCGAGCCAGAUCAGCCGAGUGCAGAAGGAGCUCAAGAGGCACAAUUCAGAUGCCCACAGCACCACCUCCAGCGCUUCCCCGGCCCAGUCUCCCAGUUACAGCAACCAAUCAGAUGAAGGCUCUGACUCAGAGCUUGCCCCCGGCUCCAGCCGAUCCCCUGUCUUCUCCUUCCUGGACCUGACCUACUGGAAGAGGCAAAAGGUCUGCUGCGGGAUCAUCUACAAGGGCCGUUUCGGGGAGGUCCUGAUCGACCCGCACCUCUUCAAGCCAUGCUGCAGGAAGAAGCAGCAGCAGCAGCAACAGCAGGAGCAACAGCAGCAGCAGCAACAGCAACAGCAGCAGCAGCAGGAGGCGGAAGAAGACGAGGAAGAGGAGGAGGAGGAGGAGGACGAGGAAGGGCGAGAGAGAGGGGAGAGCGGGGAGAGCCCGCAGCCGGAGGGGGCGGAGUCGGCCCCGCGCGUUAAAGAGGAGGAGGAGAUUAUAUCUUGA